AUGAGCUCCGAAAACGCCGAUCAUAUAAAGGAAAGUGUGAAAGACUACUAUGGCAAAACGCUUCAGACUUCAGAUGAUCUUCAGACAAAUGCAUGCAAAAUCGAAGCCACGAAAAUGUCUUCCGCCGUGAAGGAUGCACUGAAACUCAUCCACGAAGAGGUAUCUAGCAAGUAAGAGCCUGUAUAUGUUUCUGAUUGGUUAAUCUUUCUUACUCGAUACAUUGCAGAGGAAAUUCGUGUGAGCAAGCCAAACAAACUUCUCGUUAGUAGAGAGGUCAAACGGCAAACGCGAACUUGUACCACGUGACCCAGUUUCCCCUUUACUUGUCGUUUACUGUUUAUUAUUUCUACACAUAAAUGAGUAGUUUCACCCAAUUUUUUAUCCAUAAGAAUUGUUCUGAACCGUUUUUAUCUGGUCAUUUUUUUAAUUUUCAACUUAAACCUGAUGUUUGCCGUUUGCGGUACACGUGAAGCUUAAACUCUCUAAUAAUGUGUAGAGUCGAUUGUUAUACGCUCUAGUUCGAUCUGAUCGCGCAGUUGCUGAUUCUGCUCAUCAAAUCUGAAACCCAGCGCUUUAAAGUUAAAUGUUAUUAAUGUCUAACCUUAGAUCCGGCUCACGAUAUCCCUAUUACCUUUGUUUGCCUACACUGUUUUCCUUUGAAUCAAUAUCGAAACUGAGAACAAAGUUCAACACAGAACUGAUCUAGUAAAUAUGCUUAACUUAUUCGAAAACAUUCCAGAUAUACUAUACAUAACUUCUACACAAUAUAUACGCUCCACACGAAAAAUACAAAAUUCUUUUCUCUCUAGUCAACGCCAUACCUAAACACAUAAAGCAAUUACAUCAAAUUCUGUCUUUCCUUCCUUCCUUCUUCCUUUUGUUCUAUUAUAAUGUUACGCCUGUUGACUGUUUAUAAUAUUGUUUCAACUCGUCGUUAAAGGGACAGCUUCACGGCUAAGCGCAUGCUCAUUAAUCAAAUUACUUUUUUUCCCAUCUUAUCAUUAAUUCUAUCGGUUAAAAAUCCCACCCACAUGUAUCUCAGCGAACUCAAGAGUGUAUUUCAAAGCAGAAGUGUAUUUCAGAGUAACCUGAAGUAGGAUGGAGGAGCACUAAAAGAGCAAAAACAAUUAGUGUAUUACGCCAACACUACCAACGUUGAAUUUAUUUGUUGACCCGAUGGUUUUGUUCCAUGGUUGAUUAAUUUACAGCUGUUUGCAAGUAUUUAAGUUGAUCAAGUGCAAGUGACUGCCAGAGGAGUGUGCUGAUUGGUUCUGUGACAACAUUAUGACAUGAUCAUGUUGCUUGCAUAGAAGAUACAGCGUGUCUCGACAGAAAAACAGCAUUUUGAUAAAUGAGCAUGCGCUGAACCGUGAACCUGUCCCUUUAAUUGACGGUCUCAAUGAGUGGUGGCUUUUACGGUUAUCGCCUAAAGUUUUGACUCUUUUACGGCUAUCGGUUCAUUUUUUUCAGUUACGGUUAACAAAAAAGUUAAAAAUUAAUUUCUUUUGUUUCAAGGAGUUAACUAUUAGUAAACCUGUAUUUUUUGUAAAAAAAGUUCGAGGAUUCAAAACAAGGCUGACAAGUAACUUACGGCAUACAUCGUUAUAUUUACUUCCUCGAGUCAUGUUCUAAUAUACCCGUUAAAUUGUCUUAAAAUCCUUCAAUGUAAAGCCGCUCGCUUUCACCAUCUGAGUCAAGCAGCAGGGGUAGUUCCAGAUCUAGUAUGCCAGCAGGACUGUCAUAAUUCCCCUUCCGUUUUCCCUUUCUCCCAAUCCCUUACCCCUUCUUUCGAGGGCUAGACCCUGGCUGUCACCACCAAGAUCUUUAUCAUCUUACCCUAUGGUCGAAGACUUACCUUUAAUAUAGCCAAGUGUUUUCAUUUUGGGAUAGCUCGCAAGAGAAUUCCUUUCAACUUAAACUAUACUUUGGAUCAUGGGUAUAAGGUUCUCUCAAGAGUCUCCUCUGCAACUUACCUGCAUGUGAUAUAUUUCAGUUUUCGACGAUUUGUCCUGGAAUGAACAUUAUGAUUAUGACACUAAUUGUAAGAAGGCGAAUUCAACUCUUGGGCCUAGGCCAAACGUUGAACUUUUCAUGAGACGAACCAAACUUAUAAUUUCACGAAAAGUUCGACGUCUGGCUCAGUUAAGUUCAUCUGAAUGGGUUUGGAUCAUCCAACACUUUCUAUCCGUAUGCCUCAGGUAAAUAAAACGUCUGAAGAUCAUCUGCGGAACAAACGUCGGCCUUCACAUGCGACUAACUUAACUAAUAAAUUAAUGUAUAUUUAGCCUUAUUCGGGAGAAAAUUUAUUACUGAUGUGAUUUAGUUGAUUGGUUCAACGCGUCCUCAGUUCGCCGUCUGACCCAACAGACGAUCUUAACUUAAUUUAGGUCGACCCAAAUUAGAGUUUGGUUCCUCUCAUCAAAAGUUCGACGUUCGGUCUAGGCGUUGAUCUUCUUAGACGAAUCAUAUCUGAUUGUACUCCGGAGAUCAAGAACACAGCUGAUCUUACUCUUGUACGCCCCAGUUAAACUGGAGUAUGCCAGUACUGUAUGGAACCCUUAUGCACAGUGUAACAUCAGUAGGAUAGAGAUGGUCCAGCGAGGAGCGGCCAGAUUUGUCUAUAAUGAUUAUUCCCGUUUCAGCCACGUCUCUCCAAUGAUUAAAGCACUCGGAUGGGACUCUUAGGAGAACCGUAGAUUGAUCAACCGAGUGUUCAUGUUUUUCAAGAUCUAUAAAGGGCUUGUUGGUAUUUCCCUACCACCUGAAGUACCGUAAAAUUCCGAAAAUAAGCCCUGGGGCUUAUAUUUUUCAAAGGACCUUUUUGAGGGGCUUAUUUUCGGAGGGACUUAUGUACGGAGGGAAAUUUGCGUUUCAAAAUCGAUUAAGCUGGCUUGUAGUGGGAAGGAAAUUUACCAUUUUUCCUUUGUUUUGCUUUGUAUUUGAGGGCAAAUUCUAAGUACAAGCCCCCCGGAGGGCUUAUAUUCGGAGGGGUGAUUUAACGGAGGGUUUUUUGCGUUACGAGUUUGGGGGGCUUAUAUUUGGCGAGGCUUAUACAUGGAGGAGCUUAUUUUCGGGAAUUCACGGUAUCUCACAAUGUAACUAGAGCCUCAUUAUCUCCUAAUUGUGCACUAUGAUUUCACCAACUUCCCACACUUAAAGAUACUUUUUAAGUGUACCCUUACCUAUAAUUCCUGACUUACGGAUGAACUUAAAGGCAUUAUCUCUAGCAUUAAGGAUACUAUGUUAGAUUGUGUUUUUACAUUGCUUUUUUUAAAUUUAUUCAUAUUCAUUUUAUGAGGCCACUUUAUUACUAGUUCAUACAUGUAUGUAUGUAUGUAUGUUCAUUUAUUUAUUUACUUAUUUAUUUAAUUUUGCUUUUAAACUCCUAGUAUAAUUAUCACUGUUUUACGAGGAUAGUUAUUAAAGAUUAAAGGGAACAAAAUUUUUUUACGGUUAACCCUUAUAACCGUAUUUACGGCUAACGGUUAAAACUAGAGGUAUUGAUUACGGAUCCGCGCUCGUCACUAACGGAAACCGACAUCUAAUCGAGAGGAGUCCAGUUUCCCUGCCGAGAUAUCCCUGAUAAAAUCAGUGGGGGCGGCUAAUCGGCAGUCGCCCACGAUACCUCGAAAACUUGUGGCUUUGUUCCACAGGAACACCAAGAUUAGGAUGCGUUCUGACGAAUGCGAUAAAUUAAAUUCAACGGCUACCGACCGGCUAAUUUUUGGCUGUUUUACGCCUAUCGGUUAACCCCACUGAGACCUUCUUAGUUUUCAUCAAUGUGUUAGGAACCACAACCAACCACAACGGUAUCGGCGACAAGAAAGUUUAGAAGCGACAGCUUUGCACGUUCGUCACACUUUUGGUACAUUCCUUUGUCAUUACUGCACCAGUACGUUUUAUGUGGGACAUCAAAAGUACCAUGAGCACGAUUUUUUUUCUCUCGGAUUCGUAACUUGACGUAGCCACUAUGAAUUCAUCUCUAAGACGUUUUUUCGCUUAGAUUUGACAAAUUAAGCAAGUUGGAAAAUUCAAAAGAAUGAACUAAUGCGAAUUCCUUUUAAAUGAUGUUUUCGUUGCCGUCGCGCUCUUGUUGCUUGAGCUCUCUUAACUUGGUGGUUAAGGCGGCUAUUGCGCAUGGGUAAACCAUUGUGUCUAAGCAGCAAUCAAGUUCCCAAAAGCAGCGAUCCUUUUGUUCAGCACUAGAGAUCACUCCACUGAAUAACUGUAACGCAGGCUCUGGAAGCGAGGUUUGGAAAGGCUAGAAUUGGUGAGCAACUACAGAAAGCACAAUCAAACCGGUACCAGUGACUCGGGUUAAGCGUUUGUUGCCCAUUCCGCUAGAUAAAGGUAAAAAAGGCUCUGGGGACGAGAUUGUCGAGGCAGAUAGCUGCAAUGACGUAAUGACCUGCACACCAAUCAAAACUUCCGAGGAAGCAAUUUGAAUGAUAAUAUUAUUUGGAAGUUUUCUUCAAUCUUAAGAUGACUUUGCUCGUUACAAGAACUAAUGAACUAAUAAUGUACGUAUCUCUAGCUAUGUCGUGUUUCUCAAUAACACUGGUCAUUGUUAAAAAAGAAUCUUUAGCUUAGCUCAGAGGCUUUUUAUGAGUCCUGGCCCUAUUGGCGGCACAGACUUACCUAAAUAUCCUCCGGCGUUGAAAUUCACGACGCAAAAACUACAAAUUAAAAAAAAUAAGAUGUAGAGGAAAAUCUUUCCCUUGCAGUCUUCGGUUAUGGGUCAACUUUAGUUUGGUGUCAAUUUCAGGUUUUCCGGAUGUGGUUUAGUAGCCCCAGAAGCGAUUGAGGGCAAGACAAUUCUGGACCUUGGAAGUGGAUCGGGACAGGACUGUUUUGUUCUCAGUAAACUUGUUGGUGAAAAUGGUCAUGUGACUGGUGUCGAUAUGACUCAGGAACAGGUCGGUGGUUAAAUGAAAACAAAUGUUUUUCCUUUUUACACAACAUUACAUUUCUGGUGCAAAUUUUGCUGUGUUCUUUUCCAUAUAUAUGAGCUUUUUGGUUCGAUUUCAAAUCGAUUUAUUCUUUUCAUCCCCGCGAAUCGAGCCAGCUCGAUUUCUGAUGUGACUUAUCGGGGAUUUUCUGCCCACGUUAACAAAAUCCCCUCCUUGGUAGAUAAGUAUAGUACAGGGUGUCCCAAAAGUUCGUUCCUCUAAUUUGUUGCGCGGUAACUUUUGAUCAAAACUUUAUUUUUGCAUGAAAUUUUUAAAAAUGCCUUAAUUGCUCUCUCGAUUACUUGUAUUCAGAAGUUCAGUAACCAGCAUGCCUUCUUUGUUUCUUUUUUAUCACAUUUCGUUAACACGUUGCGGCAUGGUGUGGGAAACGCGAUGUAGCGCCAGUAGAGGUCAAGACGAUCCAUUUUGAGCUUUUCUUAUCACGUCAGCGGUACGCAGAAGCCAUUUCGACCCCCCAAAAUAUCAAUAUUUAGAUUAGGCAGCUGUAAAAAAAUUUGGGGGGCAUUCAUCCAAAAAAGCCUUUCCACACUAAGGCUUCUUUACAAAUUUAAGGAGAGCUGAGCGUUAACGUUGCUUGACGAACUGAGCAAAGCUAGUUUUUUUGCAAACUUAGGGACCUCCAACCUUCGCUUUAUUUUCAUGAAUCUGCUCCUGACUUAGCUUGAUAACUGUUGUAAGAACUAUCUUGAUGAGUUCCUCUGUUGUACCUAGCCUUCUUUAAAAUUAGUUUUAGCUGCUUCAUUCAUGACUUUCGUUUUUCCUCUUUUUUUCUUGUUUUCAAAACCUUCAUUUCUCGAUGACCAUUUUACCACCCACAAUUUUUUGGGAUUCGGAUUUUUUAUGGUUUUAGCAAUUUCUUUAUCUGACAAAGCAGUAGAUCGAAGUAUACCUGGUUAUGCUUUGACCUGGCUGAGCGUUUUUGCGUUAUCUUUCAUGAUAUUCACAAAAAAGGAGGAAGGCAUUCGAGCACUUUGGGCUACAAGAUACAAAAAUUUGUGGAGGGAAAUAUACUAGCGCACACCCACUUUUGGCGCGAAAGUACACAAAUCGAAAAUUCGAGUCGAAAGAAGGCACAACAGGUAUGACAUAUUAAAUUAGAUUAAAAACACCAGACUUUUAUUUAAACGAUUUGCUUAUCAAGUUCAAUCGCACUGGAUUACAGGGUUAUACAGCAGAGGAACGAACUUUUGGAACACCCUGUAUUUGCGGCAAAUACCUCUUACAGUAAGCACUGUAUAAAUAAUUUUAAAAAUACAAAAAAAGUAAUCGACACAAAGUUGCAGCAAAAAUAACAUGAAUAAUUGUUUGUAUAAAAGAAGAUAAAAAUAAGAAAAUUAUAUUAUAAAAUAAUCCCUGAACUUUGAAAGCUGGUUAUAUGGUAUAAAGAGCAAUAGUGAUCCCUUGCCCCGUACCUACUGUGGUCUGCCUGGACGGGACAUCGACUUCUGUUUUUAUUUUCAUUCGCAAUUUUUUUAUUCGCGACUUCUUUUUUCAUUCGCGACUUAAAAAGAAGUCGCAAAUAAAAAAGUAAGUCGCGAAAGAAAUAAGUCUGACGCAAAGGAAGAAAAAGUCACUUGAAUAAAAAGAGAAAGAAGUCGCGAUUUGGAUAAAAGAGAGGUCACGAAUCAAAAAUGAAGUCGUGAGUAAAAACUGAAGUCGCUAAAGUUAAAACGAAGUGGUCAAUAAAGAAAAAAAAGAGUCGCGAAUUAAAAAAAGGUGUCGCGAAUAAAAAUAGAAGUCGAUGUCCCUUCUCGGCCACCUGACCGUACUUACCAGACGUCUCAAAUAAACGAUAAAUUUUUAAAAGAAAUUCCCCUUCGAAAAGUAACUAUUACAUGAACGUUGUUAAUUGAUCUAACUUCAUUUUCUAAACGUGCUACAGGUGGAUCUUGCUAACAAGUAUGUAGAAUACCAUGCAGAAAAAUUUGGAUAUUCAAAGCCUAACACUGACUUCAAACUUUUUUUUUUUUUUUUUUUUUUUAUUUUUUUUUUUUAUUUUAUUUUAUUUUAUUUUAUAAUCACACUUGGCAUUCACUUACAAUACAGCUACACGGUACUUACUUACAACAAGACUACAAAAUUUACUUAUGUUACAGCUUUACUACUUACUUGUUUGCUACUUACUUACAUUAAAAUACCUAAAACUAGUUUACAACAAACAAAAGGACUACUAAAGACAAUAAAUAAAUGAAAAGAAAAGAAAAGAAAAGAGAAGAGAAGAAAGAAAGAAAAAAGGCGACUCCUCUGCCUAAAACGGUUUUUAGCAAUAACUACUUGAGAUAACAUUGACAACAAUUGCUAAUAUUAAUAAGAAAUCAUAAAUAUGCAUAAUUAGAUGAUUAAUAAGAUGAUUAAUAAACAGUGCGGAAAGAUAUGUGAAAUAGAUACUUUAAUUAAGAAAUAUUGGCGGUAUGUCUAGCUCUCAAUUGCACUUUGGCCUUGGUUCAUUUACAGAAAAUGGAUACAUAGGAAAGCUUUUAUUUUACCAAAAGCUAUGUAAUGUUGAGAAGUGGACGUAAAGGAUUCCAUUUCUUAGAAGUUGCAUCAAUGUUGUUGGACUCUAUGUAAAACUGCGAUUUAAGGGACUUAAGAAAAGUUGUUAAAUUCGGAAUUUUCUGGUUGACCCUGCAGCUCCAUAUAUAAUAUCUUGCCAGGAGAAAGCAGAAAUUUAGUUGAAGUGAAAACUUGGAGGUGUCUGGUUUCAGGCCCAGAUAUACAGCAGUGUAUUUUGGAUAAUCUAUCGUUAUUAGAUUGAUCUGCUUUAGUUUUUCAGUCAAAUUUUCCCAAAAGGUGGCUACUAUUGUACAGUUCCAGAAGAGGUGGAUUAGGUUUUCGGGAUGGAUGGUACAGAAAGAGCAGUUCGGGUCCUGCUUUAUAUCGAUUUUUGUUAGGAAAAGGUUCGUUGGUAAAAUUCGGUGAAGGAAUCUAAAUUGAAAGUUUACAAGUUUUGUGCUUUUUGUGCACCUAGCUGCCAGACAAUAGGCGCUGGUCCAGUCAGCAGAGCAUCUUUGGUCGGAUUUAAUGCUGUCAUUCCAUUUCUCUUGGCUCUUAAACGGUACAGUGCUUUUGGAAGAGAGGAGCUUCUGGUAUACAACUCUGUUCACUUUAUCGUUCUUGAAAAAAGUCUCGGAGAAGGUCUCGGGGCAGGUAUUGGGAAUGACUGACUUCAAACUUGGGGAAAUGGAACGUCUGUCUGAUAUAGGCAUACAGGAGAACUCUAUUGAUAUUAUCAUGUAAGUUUGCUUUACGUCAAUAGACUGCUUAUGAAUUGUUUCAUGAAUUGUUAAACUAGUCUUUAACAGAUCGGCUUACUCCUUUACUUCGUUGGGGUGCAUAACAAAGAUUUGUGCUCAGUACAUGAAUAAUUCAAAAUAGACCAUAAUUGUGUGCUAAGUGCCCCGGCCUUUGAAUAGAAGCGAGGCUGGAGGUUACCUUGUUUUACUACAAACCUUCCUGAAAAUUUCGCGUGUGGGUUAGGGUUAUGAAACAGAGAAUUAACUCUUAAGUAUACAGUAAAUUGACUUUGUCAUUUUCACAUUGUCCAUAACACCUUGUUAACGCCCCACAAGACUGCAUAAACGUUGUUUUCGAUUUCUCUUGGGACAACUGUGAUACCCAGGAGAAAAUGAAAACAAUGAUGACGUAACUUUUUCGGUGGAAUCGAACCCACUACCUCCGAAUAAGUUCUACUUCUGUCUUCCCCACUGAGCUACGAGGCCAGAAAGGACAGAAUCGUGCGGGUAUAGUAAGUUGGUAAAUCACGGCGGAGAUUAAACUUUAUAUUGAGCAAGGAAAGCACAGAAAACUAGUCUUUGUUACUCCUUGCAGAUGCCGAUUGGCGCGCCCUUCGCGAAGAAAAACGCCUGACAAAGCUCAUUGAGAUCUUUUUACUUUUGCCUUUUUUAGUUCAAAUUGUGUUGUUAACUUGACUGCAGACAAAAAAGUUGUCCUCAAGGAAGCUCACAAAGUUCUUAAGGUAAAAUUAAGUCGCUUUUAUAAAGAAUCCGUUAAAAACCCUCCCAGAUCGUGCUUUAUCAAGCCUAUUGGAGACACAGUUUUGACCAGUAUGCAUUGCAACCAGACUAAGCUCUGACUCGGAUUUUGCGGUUUGUCCUAGAAUGGCGGUGAGGUUUAUUUCAGUGAUAUGUACACAGAUACAAAGCUUCCUGAAGCACUAAAAGAAGACAAAGUAUUGUGGGGUAAGGUUUCGUUUUAUUACUAGAAAAUCCUUGAAAUGACUGGGUAUAAUCCAUUUAGUCUUUUACAGGCUAAAAAAAUCUGUUUAUAUGUGAUCUGUUUUAAAACGAUACCUAAGCUAAUUCAUUUAACAAAGUAAUUCAUGGAAUAUUUCUGUAGUGUUCAAAAUUAUACGAGCAGCUAGUUUUUACGAGCAGAAAACCCCAUCAAAGGCUUCUUUACUUAAGGGUGUGCAGACAAUACUUGAAUACUUGAACUAUAACUGGAUAUAGUUUCUUCAGGAGAAAAGUAUGAUCAAAGAUAUCGAUCGAACACCUUAACGUGGCUCGAUGGGGUUUUUCUUGGUCAAUACCUCCCUAGUUCGAGCAUACUGUAGUAAAGUACGUCGCUAUUGAUCAUGAUUUGGAAAAAUUACCACCACAGCUGUAUUAGAUGAAGAUGAAAAUUUGUCGUGCUCAGGGUUGCAAUACCAAUACAAUAAGAUAGUGUGUUUUGGCUUUGUGUAGGUGAGGGUUUUGCAGGAGCCUUGCACUGGAAGGAGCUUAUUGAACUGUGUAAAGAAGUAGGCUUCAGUGGACCUUACUUGGUUACAUCCAGGCCUAUUGAAGCUGAACCGGAACUUAAGAAAUCUUUGGGUAGGUUUAUUAGGGGUCGGGUACCAAAGUAGUUGAAGUGAUUGUUUAGUAUAACCCUCCCCACCCCACCCCCACCUCGCCAGUGCCAUACAACGUGUCUGUAAAGCACACCCUUUUGCUCCAUUUGUGUGCGCAAAACUACUUAUCUGUGAGAAUGUAGCUUAUAAGGGGUGCAAAUUCACAUUCUGCACAGCCACUUUUUUAUAUAUCUUUUAUAAGGUAUAGAAAGUUGCAUUGUUUGGAUUAACAUCUGACUGGCAACGUAAAGGUAUACUGGUUAUACCUAACAUCGGGGUCUGAAUAAGACACUUUUUUCGCCCCAUUGUAAUUAAGGUAAUCCAAGACAAUCUGGGUUCUGGAUUCCACACUUAGCAUUCCGGAUUUCAGGUACUGGAUUCCGGAUUCCUUGUCAGUGGAACUUGGAUUCUGAAUUCCCAUUGUUAACGAGAUUCCGGAUUGCUUGAGCUGAACUCUCAGGAUUCCGGAUUCCACAAGCAUUAUAUGCUGAGUUCCGGAGUCCAGAUUACCUUACAUCGGGCGACUUUUUCAUUAACGAUAUUUCCCGUGUUUAAUUAUCUCACAAUACAAGUACAGUGUAGUGCUGUUAAAGUCGCCUUCGAAGAAAACAACAAACAAGCCAACUUUUCCUUGGGUACGAAGCGAGGGUCCAAAUUGUUUUAUCACAAAUGUUUCAACAUUUUCCGUUUGCAGCUUAUACUUGUAGGUAUUGUAGGCCUUUUCACCGUGAGAGCAGAGGCUCCUUUUGUCUUCUUCUUGAUCGAGGGGGAGAAAAGAAGUCUCUGUCUGAAACGCGUCAAGGCUUUAAAGUCGCGCAGCCCGAACUUCUGGGCUAGUUAGUUUUCUCUUAUCAGACUAUUUUUUCGAUUGCAAGGAUCCGUUUGUUUAUACUGAAACCGAUGGUCUAAAUAGAGCCCGCUAGAACUCCCGCUGUACCAAGCACAAGGCUAUAAGGCCUGAGUUCGAAACUGUAUCCUAGCAACAAAUAGCAAAUGCUCAACAAACGUCUUAGUCGAUUCAUGAAGAGUCUUUCUCAAGUAUGCCAAAACCGAGCAAGCGAAAGCAAGAUCGACACUUCGGGCAGGGGGAGGCCUUGUGGGCCUUUGCGAUCAAUGAGACUGCGAACUUUUUAAAUUUUUUCUGUCUAGUUUUGGCAUUCUUUUUCUUUGCUAUGGAGGCAGCUAUAAGGUGUCAUCACUAAAACGCUGAGAAAUACUUAGUAUCAUAAUCUAAAGCUAUACCCCGUUGACUAAACCAUCUUUAAUGUACCAACAGUAGCGAGGUCGUCCUAACGGCCGGGGCUCCCUUGUGCUUAACUGUAGGUCUCAAGUGCUUAGUAAACUACUAGGGGAUCAACUUGACCCUUUGUUAUACGACUCAUGUUUCCCUCGCAUGCCAGUUCAGCCGUUAUUUUAGUGAAAUAGUAAGAACUUACUGGUACUGGGGUACAUGCUAACAUUAACCAAAAUUUGUCUUGCUGUUUCUUAGGUGAUGCAAAGUUUGUAGCUGCUACAUAUCGUCUGUUUAAAAUUCCCGGUAACAAAUCAACAGAUGCAGGUUUCACAGUCACUUACAAAGGUGAAAUUGUCCUUCCUUGCUAAAUUAAGCUCCUGGUUUUAAACACCUUAUCCUUUCUGAAUUUACAUAUUCGAAAAUGUCUUUUUGAAAGCGUAAUUCAUGGAUUCGUAGGUAGUGAGUAGACAUCCUUGCCCCAGUUGUUUAAAAGUUGGAUUCAUCCUCCGGGUAGAUCGCUGUUCAGUGGAUAACGCUAUCCAUGCACCUUUUGAACUAUUAGGACCUACUUUGAACCUUCUUUAACUUUUAUAUAUAUCUUGAUUCCCGCCAAGCAUUUUCUAGUGGCGGAUCCAAGGAGGAGCCUGGGGGGCCCGCCCCCCCCCCCCCCUUAUUUUUGGACCAAACUGCGGACCGAAAAGCUGAAAAAAAAAUUUUUUUAAGACCGGUCCACCCCCCUCAUCUCAGGGUCUGGAUGACCCCCCUUAUUUGAAGGUCGUCGACCCGCCACUGUUUUCUGUAAGUCGGCCGAACAAAAAUCCACGACAACAUAUAGGAAAGCACUUUAAACAAGAAAUCCACAUGAACGUCGUAUUAAUUUGGAUUUUACCAAGGAAUUUCUAAAUAAACCUUUGAAUUUAUCGCCAUUUUGCUCCACUAAGAAUCAUUAACCGGUCCUUAUUAAGUAUAGGCUCACUAGUACUGUUCGGAGGUGUUCGUGACUUCUGUUCGAUGAAGGUGACCAGUAAACAUGUUUAUAAUUAGUACGUUUAAAGGCCGCCGUUUUUUCCCAAAAAAAUUUAAAAGUUUAUACCUUUAAACCCAGAUAGAUAUACAAGCAAAAAAGUGCUAUCUAGCUCCUGAAUUUCAUUUCGUUUUCCACACUACAUUCUUCGUUCUAUCAGAGGUAUUUUUUGAGCAAACAAUAUCCUAUCAGUGGAAGACCAUACGCGCGAUUUCUUAAGCUAAUCUACAACGCCUAAAAUCUUUAUUUUGGCCGGGGGACGUGCGUUGAUGCAUUUAUUUUUCGCAAGAGAAGGGGAAUGAUGAAAAUCGAUUGCGGAAGCGUUUGAGGUUAGAGUUUUGCUUGCUUUUUUAAAAAGACAAUUUCAACUUUUAUUUGAAUUCAGGUUCCAUCGGUGAUGAAAAUCCAGAAGAAUUCAAGUUUGACGUUCACACUACCUUUACAGUAAGUUUGUAAUACUUGCUUACAAGAUUGUUACUCACCAUGCAUGGAUGUCCUUCGCCUCUAGUUCUGGAAACAGCUAUUCAUGAGAUCUGCGUGCCUGAGAAGGAAAACAAUCUUUCAAUUAUGCAGCAAUUGAGGGAGUUGCAAAUAGCGUGUAAAAAAUUCCACGAUUUCUACAUUGAUGAGAUGGCAACUUACUCUAUCGACAUUAUCUUUCAUUGACACAAUAAACACGAAAACUAGUUGAUUGUCCACUCAAGCAGCGACGCCUUUUUUUGCUUAAUUAAACUUGUAAAAAAAGACAAGUCGUUUUCCCGAUAAACACGGCACCGAUUAAAAGAUGAGUGAAUCACCAGCGUUAUAGGGUAGCUUUAUACCGGGGGAGAGUUCCACCCUGAGGUCCAACCCUAUACCCUUUCACAUACUGUUUUUUACAUAGAGGGUACCCCUUUUGUAUAAUCACCGAAGGGUACAUCUCUCACAUACCUCAGUCGACAUCCCUUUUAACUGCUGUACGUAAAUGCACUGUCUUAAAUAUGAGUAAAUCACAAAAAAAAGAAAGAUCCUCGACUAUUCCCAGCCAUAAAAUGAAUCUGUUAGCCCUUUUGAGCCUUUGUACAGACCGAAAUCGAGCAGAUUUUCCUAACCCUUUUCAUAUACUCCAACUACUGAAAUUUCUACCCUUUUAUAUACCUGAAUAUCCCGUACCCACUUCAGGCGGAGCCUUCCCGUAUAGGCCAUUAUAAGGAAUACCCCGGUAGGGUAACCGUCCUUUUGUAUCUUUCGUUUUGCAGAAGACCCCUAAGAUUGUAUCUGCGGAGGUGGCGACAGUUCUUCGUUUCUCACGAUUUCCAAGUCACCUGGAAUUCCAGCCGUUAGAGCCUGGUACUAGCGCUCCCACUGAUGAUGUGUACAGAAACGCAGACCCUUUUGCGUAUUGUGCGGCAAACAAUGUUGCAAAGGCUUCUGGAAGUUGUAAACCAAAAGCAGUGUGA